UUUAUCACCAUAUUAUGUUGCUAUGCCAUGAAGAUAACAAAGUGGUUGCUGUGUUAAUAGAAAGAGAGGGUAGAAUCGCAUGGGACUGCCCCGUGUGCCUCCUUAUCUUGCUCGCAUGGGAGUGGUGUUUACGCUAUUGAGGUCGCGAUUCUGUGGUAUUGCAGAGAAACAGGAUGAAGUUUUGGAACCAGCUGUACCUGUUGCUAUGGAAAAACUUUGUAAUACAUCGAAGACAAAAGGUGCGCGUGUGUAUAGAAAUAGUAUGGCCACUCAUCCUCUUCUUCAUCCUCAUGUGGGUCCGUACACGAGGACUCCGUAUUUACAUUCACGAGUGUCAUUUCGAUGCCAAGGCCAUGCCUUCUGCUGGCCUGCUGCCAUUUGUCCAGUCAACGGUGUGCACCCUCAACAACACCUGCCACGGAGAGGCGCCCACUCAGAGCAGUGCUGAGCAGCAGUACAACACAUCUCUAAUUAUCCAGCUGGUCAGUGAUGUGAAUCACAUCGUAAAUGAACAUUUAACAAAUGAAGACACAGUAAACAGCAUCAAGCGGUUAUCCCGUGACUUGGAAACCCUCUCUUCAUUUGUAAAGAAGCUCACAGGUGCCCAGUUUCCGUUGUCUGGAAGGGUUGCUUUCGAGGAUGUUCUGAAGAAUGACGAGGACACGAGGCACGGUUUCGAAAGCCUAAACAUCUCAAACAAGGACUUCUAUCCUGCCUUCUUCAAGUCAAGUGUCAGCGUGCGGGCGCUUCAAAAGAUAUUUGACAGGGGCAAGGAGGGCAUUCGAGGCUACUUCUGCAAGCCGGGAGCGCCCCAGGUGCUUUUUGUAGCCGGCGUCCCAGAAGAGGGUGAUGAGCAUGGUCAGCUGCAGCGUGAGCUUUGCAAACUGCCUGCCGCUGAUGGCCGUGCCUUCACACUGCAAGUUUUGAGAAGCCUGAAUUGGACUGCUGUGCUGCAUGAGGUGUCAUCUGUGAUGAAGGAAGGUGGCCACAAUUUCAGCACAGCUGACUGGGUGACAGCUUUUCAGGCAGCUCAGGAUGCUCGCAAUGAGUUGUGGGCACUGACCAGUUUCCAAGAGCUGCUCAAGGGCUUCACCGAGAGAGUUGACCAACUGUCAGAACUCUUCACCUGGGGCCGCUCACGGCCCAAUGGCACAUUGGCGAGGGUGAUUCAGGUGUCGCUGUGUGGUCGCAACAUGUCUUCUCUCCUGGACACAGAGCAUGGCCCAGCCCAACGCUUCGAGGAGUUCCGGGAACAGGUCAACAGAAACCUGCAGGAACAGAAUGAUGAGGAUGUGGUCUCGGAAUACGUCUACGACAACACCACCAGCCCCCGCUGCAAUGCUGUCUUCCAGAGCUUUGAACGUAACAGGCUGAUGCGGUUCCUGUGGGGCCAGGUCAAGCCUUACGUUCGAGGCAAAAUUUUGUUUGCCCCCAACAAUGUGGCAACGCGAAGGAUCAUUAGCAAGGUGAAUGAAACUUUCGAGCCGCUGAACAGACUGAUGAAUUUGGCUCACCGUUGGACUGUGGACGUCGCACCCAAGCUAGUACAUUGGCUGAGCAACAACUCUGCAAGGUUGGAACAAGUCAAGAAACUGUCCACAUCUGAAGGCCUGGAGGCGUUCUUUCUUGCUGGAGAAAAGACAGGGAGUAAGGCCACCGCAGAGGAACUUCCCGAGGCUGCUCGAGCUCAAAGUGUGCUUGAGUGGCUGCUCUCUGACUGGGAUGGCCGCAUCGAGAGAAUUAACAAGGUGGCACAGGAAAUGUACCAUGUCUUUGAGUGUUUUGAGAUGGACCGGUUUGAGGGCUUCCCCUCUGAGGAGGCACUGAUGCCACGUGGUUUGACGCUGAUGCGAGAGAACAAGCUCUGGGCGGCAUUAGUGUUUAGCGGAAUGAAGAGCUCCCAGGACACUGAGGUGCUUCCGCCAUUCAUCCGCUACAAGAUCCGCAUGGAUGCUCGCAAAGUGGACUCAACAAAAAAGAUUGAGGACAGAAUUUUUCGGCCAGGUCCACGCCGUCGCCCGACCAUCGACCUCAAGUACCUGACAUUUGGCUUUGCCUACUUGCAAGACCUCGUGGAACACUCCAUCAUAGCGCUACAGACGGGAUGGGAGAAGACAACGGGGGUCUACCUGCAGCAGUUUCCAUACCCCUGCUACAUCUUUGAUCAGUUCAUAGUGACAAUAGCAGAGUCCUUCCCCAUGUUCAUGGUGCUGUCAUGGGUGUACUCAUUCGCAAUGCUCAUCAAGAGCAUCGUCCGGGAAAAGGAGCUUCGCCUCAAGGAGGUCAUGCGCGUUAUGGGCCUGGGAAGUGGGGUCCUCUGGCUCUCCUGGUUCAUCGAUGCAUUUGGCUUCAUGCUCAUCUCUUCAGUUCUCCUCACCUGCAUUCUCAAGUUUGGCCAGGUGCUGGACCAUUCGGACCCGGUGGUAAUCUUUGUGUUCCUGGCCUGCUUCGGGGCGUCCAUUGUGUGCAAGGCUUUUCUCGUAGCUGCCCUGUUCUCGCGGGCCAACAUUGCGGCUGCAGCUGGCGGUAUCCUCUUCUUCACCUGCUACCUGCCCUACCCAUUUGUCAAGCUCUGGAAGGACCGCCUCAGUAUUCACCAAAAGAGUGCUGUUAGCUUGGUGCCUAACGUGGCCUUUGGCCUCGGCUGCAGCUACUUUGCCCACUUUGAGGAGGAGGGAGUUGGCGUGCAUUGGCACAACCUGCUCCGGGGAGGCCUACCCCCAGACACCUUCUCCAUUGCUCACGUCAUGGGCCUGCUGCUGCUCGACGCUGUGCUCUACUUUGUGCUCGCGUGGUACAUCGAAGCUGUCUUUCCUGGGCAAUAUGGAGUGCCAAAGCCAUGGUACUUCUUUGUCACCAAGUCCUACUGGUGCGGCGCCUCACAUUCUGACAGUCCAAGAAAGUCAGCAUGGGAGUCGUGCAAUGGAACGGCUAGCUUGAGUGUAAAGACAGAAGACAUGGAGGAAGAGCCACGUAACCUGCCACUUGGAGUGCUUAUCCGCAAGUUGACCAAGGUGUACGCCGGUGCAGACCGGGCGGCUGUCAAUGAGCUCAGCCUCAACUUCUAUGAGGGUCAGAUCACUUCAUUCCUUGGCCACAACGGGGCUGGCAAGACGACCACUAUCUCCAUCCUCACAGGUCUGUACCCUCCGACACAGGGCACGGCUCAGAUCUAUGGAAAGGACAUCAGAACUGAGAUGGACAUCAUCCGUCGAAGCCUUGGCACCUGUCCCCAAUACAACGUCCUUUUUGACAACUUGACAGUUGCUGAGCAUCUCUGGUUCUAUUCUCGACUCAAAGGCCUUACUGCGGAUGCGGUUGAAACUGAAGUUGACUCGUUCGUGCGCGAAUUAGCCCUGGUCCACAAGAGGGAUGAAUACUCAUGUAACCUCUCAGGUGGCAUGCAGCGCAAGCUCUCUGUAGCCAUUGCGUUUGUUGGGGGCAGCCGCACGGUAAUACUGGAUGAGCCGACAGCCGGCGUGGAUCCUUAUGCACGGCGAGCGAUCUGGGACCUCAUGCUAAAGUACAAGCAAGGUCGCACGGUCAUCAUGACAACGCAUCACAUGGACGAAGCUGACCUGCUGGGUGACCGAAUCGCAGUCAUCAACGAGGGUCGCCUACGUUGCUGCGGGUCGUCAUUGUUUCUAAAGACUCGAUUCGGUAGUGGCUACUACCUGACCCUUGUGCGCCCAUCGCAACGCGCCAAGUCACUCAAGAGUGGGCCAUCUCCCACAGUGCCUGCUUCCAAGGAUGCGGUACAGAACCAGACUGAUGGAGCGAACAGUGAUUCAUCACAAAACGUCACCCCAUCAUCGCUUAUAUCACCAUCAUCUGGUAACUCCCAUGAUGAGUCCACCGAGACACUGGACAAACUAAUCCGGAGACACAUCCCUAAGGCAGAGCUUGCCACGGACAUGGGCGCUGAUUUGUCAUACCGACUUCCAGCGAGCCCAGAAACAUACUCAUCCUUCGUGUUCCUGUGCCAGGACCUUGACGCCAACCUGACAGAACUUGGCAUUACCAGUUAUGGAAUCUCUGACACCACGCUCGAGGAGGUCUUCCUACGGGUGACACAAGGUGGUCCCAACAUCAGAAGCCAAGCAAACCAUGAAGGUGAUCUCUACAACCCUGGGCCUGAGUCUGUGGAUGGACCGCCAAAGACCAGACUCCAGAAGACCUUGGAUGCCUUACAUCUGUGGUGUUUGUCCCUGAGAACUUCAGCAAAGACCAUCAGACCAGAUCCUGAAGAUGCAGCUGCAAGGCAGCACCUGGCAGCGGAGAUGCCUAAUAAUGCAAACGCUGACAGCGACCUCCCUGCACCACCUGUUGUCAAGAAAGUAGCCGUGGGACCACUGCUUCAUCGGCGUCAACUUGCAGCCAUGUACCGUCGUCGCUUCAUGCGCAACACCCGGAACUACAAGGGACUCUUUUGUGAGAUAAUCCUUCCUGCUCUGUUUGUGUUGCUGGCCCUGCUGUUCACAUUACUGAUCCCACCGAUGUCCGAAGAACCGCCCCUGGAGCUAACGCCUUGGGUUUAUGGCCCGCCAAACUACGUCUUUUAUGGCUCUGAAGACACAUCCAGCCCAUUGGCAAAAAAGUACACAGAUGCCCUCCUGUCUAGAACUGGCCUCGGGGCACGCUGUGUUAAAGGGGAACCCCUGAGUGGCCUGGGGUGUGGUGACAUGGCGAAUGCGAGUGUCUCAGUGCCUGGUGCACCUUACGGCUAUGAAUCCUUCGAGGGUGGCGGUACUUGCACUUGUGCAAGCGGGGCACAGCAGUGCAUGCUCAACGCAGGUGGCCCCACGCCACCUGCUGUCCGCACUGCCACUACCGAUGUUCUGCUUAAUGUGACUGGCCGUGAUGUCUCCGAUUGGAUUGUUAAAACCUGGAAUCCCUACCACAAGACAAGAUUUGGCGGUGUCCAGUUCGGAGUAAAAAAUCACCUGACUUCUAUCAACAUCACCGCUGUUGAGGAAGCUGUUUCUAAACUGGGUGCCCCUGGUGGUCUCAACCUCUCGGCAGCAGUCCUCACCUUGCGUCGUGGCGUUGACAGCUCCAGAGUGCAGGACAACGUCAAGGUGUGGUUCAACAACAAGGGCUGGGUAUCCUCGGUGGCUUACAUGAAUGCCAUCAACAACGUAAUGCUGCGAGCACACCUGCCAUCCCAGGCUGAUGCCAGCUACUACGGCAUGUCGGUCAUCAACCAUCCGAUGAAUUUCACUCAAGACCAGCUUCAGGACGAACUACUGAAGCGAGGUGGCCUGAGCCUGCUCCAUGCGACAUGUGUCAUCUUUGCCAUGUCCUUUGUGCCGGCCAGCUUUGUCAUGUUCCUCAUUGAAGACCGCACCUCGGGUUCUCAGCACCUGCAAUUUGUGAGCGGCCUCAAACCGUUCCUCUACUGGAUUGGCACCUACACCUGGGAUCUGUGCAACUACAUCGUGCCUGCUGUGUUGUGCAUCUUCAUCUUCAUGGCGUUCAAGGAAGAAGCAUACGUCUCCCACGACAACAUUGGUGGGCUGGUCCUUCUCUUGUUGCUUUAUGGGUGGUCCAGCAUUCCGCUGAUGUACCCGUCGUCUUUCAUCUUCAGCGUGCCUAGCUCUGCAUUCGUCACACUUGCCUGCUGCAAUCUUUUUGUUGGCAUUGUCAGCACGGUCUCCACAUAUGUGUUGGAGCUUUUUGAUGACAAGGAGCUGCAGUCCAUAGCUCAAAUCCUGCGCAAGGUGUUCCUGGUGCUCCCGCAGUACUGUUUGGGGCGAGGUCUAAUGGACAUGUUCUCCAACCAUCUCACAGCUGAGGCGCUAGCACGAUUUGGUUUGAAGACCUUCAAGCAUCCACUGGAGUGGGACUUCUUGGGCCUUAACCUCGUUAGCCUCGCUGUUCAAGGACUUGUGUACUUCAUCUUCACGUUGCUUCUGCAGUAUCGUUUCUUCGUGCGAAAGAGGCAGCUGACGGUGCCCUUUGACCCAAAGGAGCUUGCAGAUCAAGAUGUCACGCAGGAGAGAGACCGCGUGCUUGCUGGCCAGGCAGAUGAUUCCAUACUCAAAGUGGUCAACCUUACUAAGGUGUACCAAGCUGGCCAGCACCCUGCUGUGAACCACCUCUGCAUCGGCGUCAGGGCGGGUGAAUGCUUCGGAUUGCUUGGAGUGAAUGGUGCUGGGAAGACUACCACGUUCAAGAUGCUCACUGGGAACACAGAAGUGACUGAAGGAAAUGCCUUCAUUUCGGGCUAUAGUAUACGCACCCAAAUAGAUUUGGCACGACAGAACAUUGGCUAUUGUCCGCAGUUUGAUGCUUUGGACCCUUUGCUCACGGGGUGGGAACACUUGGAAUUCUAUGCACGGCUUCGUGGAAUACCUGAGAAGUAUGUUCAGAAGGUUGCAGACUGGGGAAUUCGCAAACUUGGUCUGCACCGUUAUGCUCACCGAUGUGCCGGCACCUAUUCUGGGGGCAACAAGAGAAAACUGAACACUGCCAUUGCCCUAGUUGGGGAUCCACCAUUGGUGUUCUUGGAUGAGCCCACGACGGGCAUGGAUCCUAAGGCUCGCCGUUUCCUGUGGGACUGCAUCCUGGACGUUGUACGAGAUGGCCGAUCAGUGAUUCUUACAUCCCACAGCAUGGAAGAGUGUGAAGCAUUGUGCAGUCGGCUGGCAAUUAUGGUGAAUGGGCAGUUUCGCUGCUUAGGGAGCAUACAGCACCUCAAAAACAAAUAUGGCUCCGGCUACACGGUGACCUUGAAAGUAGGCGGGACCUCAUCGGAGCUUUCCCAAGUUGCCUCCCUGAUGGAAAGCUCGUUCGGUGCCGCCGACGCACAACUCCGAGAGCAGCACCUGAAUCAGAUGGAGUACCAGAUAUCGCAGAGCGUGCCGCUCGCGGUCCUGUUCCAACGGCUUGAAGCGGCCCGCGAGAGUUCGUCACUUGAUGACUACUCUGUCACGCAGACAACGCUUGAUCAGGUGUUCAUUAACUUUGCCAAGCAGCAAGGUGAUGUCAAAGGUGAGCAGGGGGACGCGGAAAGCGACCUACCAUCUCCAUUGCCAUCUUCGCCAAAGGCCACACACCCUCCCACCAGCCCUGCAGUUGACAAGCUCACGCCCGUCGUCAGCAUACGACCGGCUUCCGCUGGUCCGCUGUCACGAGGCCAAGAACUAAUUGAGCUUCCAGAAUGGAUCCGGGAGACUGACAUCGUGUGAAGCUGCAGGGCUGCACCGCGACGUGUUUUUCUAGCUGUGAUAUCCUCCAUCAUCGAGUGCGCGACCAGUGGUGCUUUCUCCAUCCCUCCUCCUCAAGAACUGAGAUAAAGCCAGGUGUGAUUCAAGUGCAAAAGCACAGGUGUGUUCCAUCCAACCUCGUGAGACAGGCGGGUGAUACAUUUCUUUUCGGUUAUGCUGUCGUCGUUGAAACUUUUCCCGCACGAAGCUCCGGUUCAACAUCCUUGUGAUCGUGCCCACUACCAACAGGUCCCCACGGCUGGCAAACAUGUUAGUGGCACUGACUUCUUGACUGGAGGAACUGGCAGGGAUUUUUUGUGUGGCGUCAGCCUUCAUGAUUUGGAUGAAGGUGUUCAUUGUUGUUGCCACUUGCGGUUGUUGUUGUAUACGUAUACAGGGCAAGCACAAAUAAUCUUACCGAUUUUCUCUCUGCCUUGUAGUUUUGGAGCGAAACUGCAGUGGUGCAACUAUUGCUGGCAGCUCAGGGAAUGGUAGAUUAAGGGGACAUUGAGAAUAGAACUCGUCUAGCCAGAAGCCAGGACAAUUGGUAUGCCAGAACCCCUUCAUCAUUUACGCUCCACCAGAAAAAAAAAAUGUUCACUCUUUUUUUUUUUUCUGGGCUACAGCAACGACGGAAGCAGCUCUGAAUGGCUACCAGUAUAGUUAUUAGAAGUCUCGCUGCUCAUGCUGUGACUGUAGAUGGCACAUACACAUGUAUAAUUAAAGAAAAAUAAGUACAUUAUGUUGACGCAUACUGUGUCCCAUGGCAGUGGCCCCUUUUCACUCCUCAUAUGCUUCACCACCUAACAGUGCAGUAUAUCGCAGCAGAGCAGAAUAAAGGGAAACGCCCCUUAUGAUAUGCAUAUUAGACCUUUGCCUCAUGCGCACCUCUUAAUGCAUGUCUUGAUUUGAAGUGAACCGAUUUAGGCUUACACUGCCUACGCACAAAUUGCUUGGAUUUAAAUUGGACUUCGGCUAGCUGCCUAACGGAUAAUGGCAAUUACAAUGCAACUGUGCUGCAUUAAGUGCAUUGUUGUUGUUGCCAUUUUUAUUUCUUUUCUUCUUUUUUUUGACAAUGUGGUUGAGGCAGUUUUUCAGAAUACUUAUGGUCGUGUCCAUACAGUCGGUAGGAUUGAUCACAAUUAGGAAGUCUCCCGGAAAAAUUGGGAGACUUGGCAGGCAUGAGUGACCAAGAAUAUUACUAAUGGCAUUUGGGAAGGCUUUAUAUGAUAUGCGCAUGGCCAGCAAGCUUCUAUUUUUGUGAUAUCGCUUAUCUCCAAACUCUGAUUACCUGGAUAUUUUUUUUUUUUUCGUCAGGUUAUUACAGCUGUGAGUUAAUGGGGUUUUACUGUAAGUAGGUGAUGAGAAAAAUUCUUAAAAUUUUGUUCUUCAUUUACAUAUGUACAGUGUAGGUACUGUUAUUCACUACACACAAGCCCAGUUUAUAAUUUCUCUUUGCACACACAUGCCAGAGUGUACCCUGUUUGUCACUGUCCAGCACAGCUGUCACCCAUGCCUUAAGUUUAUGAGAGGUGAGAUGGAAGGUACUAUAAGUACUUAUGAUCGUGGCAAGUUGAAGACAUCUUCGAUAUGAUUUCAUAUGAUUGUUCAUUUCAUGGAAUCAUAUUGAAGGAAAUGGCCAUACCUAUGUUGCCAAGUGAAGUCAUUCCCAAAUGCCAUCUUCCAUUCUCCAAAGCCAUCAGACACUGGGCAAACCAGUCAAAUACAUGGCUGCAGUCAAGUCAAUUCUCAUGAAAUUUGUUGAAUUAUUCUAAAAAAAAAAUAAUAAUAAAUGACCGGUAUUAUUUUUAUGUUCGUCGCAAAGAGCAGAUGGGUGAUAUCAUUUCUGCUAGCCCUGUACUGGUUCCCACAGCCUGUCACAAGUUAUAAGUCUGACAAGCAUACUUGGUUCUGCAGUGUGAUGCUUUAUAAUGCAUCAUUAUGCUGUGCAAUCUUGAGGUCAUAAGUUGUCAUACUCACUUCCUUUGGGUGCCCACUGGAUUUGCUUCAACAUUUCUGGCUGCCAGAGGAUUCUUAAAAAUUAUUUCGAUGUACUCAAAUUCAUUGGAAACUCAGAUAUACCCGUGACUGUUGCGAUUGUGCUCAGUGACUUGCUAAACCAAAAGUCUCCCAUGAUUGCAGAUCAAACCUGAUUGCAGAUUAAAACCUCUCAAGAUUGCAAGUACGAAUCUGUGCCUGUCAAGAAUGCAAGUUAGAACCUGUGUGGUCAUGUGUGGAUUGUGCGAAAUCGUGGUGAUAAGGUCUGCGAUUGUAAGGGCAUGACUCAGACUUUGACUUGAGGGCAUGACUUGACUUUGAGUGGAGGCUUCCUGGUGUUGUAUUGUGUGCAUGGACUGCAGAGCGAGGUUUCUUAAUUGCAGGUUUGUCACACUGAGCUAUGCGAUAGGAUCUGCUGUACAAGUAGUGAGCCUGCCUUUGCUUGCAUUUUUCGCAGGCUUGGGAUUACAAUUUUUAAUGCAGCGCGAUGUCUUGAUUUCAUCUGUGGCAGUGAAGAUGAACGCACAUAACCUUCAGGCCAGCAUUGCCUCUGCUAAAAGAAUCGCCAUAACCAGCAUUGCUAGCACUGAAAGAACAUUUGUUUUCUUCACUUCUCUGUACUUUAUUAUCAUGCUACUUUCAGUAUGAAGUGGCAGUAGCGGGUGGUGCCUAGGAUACAUUUUUGGAUGCUAAGUGGGGAGCUGGCAGGCAUACAAUUAUGACCACCUUGACUUCAGAAACCCAGUGACUCUUUUAAGCAUGAAGAUUUUGCUGGUCAGCUAUGCUGGGAAAUACGAGCUUUCAAAAAUUCUUAAUUCAAAACAGACUUGCAUAGAGAGUUUUUCUCUGUUAGUCAAGGUGAAUUAUCUGUACUGCUUCUGAUUUCGUUAAAGUGUACAUAACAAAUGGCAUUUUAGUAUUGUAACACACCAACCUGUAGGCAUACAGUGUGUUUUUUAGUGUCAUAACCACACGAACUUGCAUCGUUUUACUCCUGAAUGAUAUGUCCAUUUUCCCACUGAUGACCAAUCAUCAUCAGAUUAUGUGGAAAUUUUGCUUUUGUAUGUUGACUUGAAAGCAAGUACAUUAGUAAAAUACACACUUUUCAAAGGAUUGAUCUUAGGAUCAGUAAUCAGAUCAGAUGAUUUCUUGGGUGUUAUGUUGAAAAGUGAUGCCUGAUAACUGCAACAUCAUGAGUAAAUGUGGCAUAGAUGAGAGGCCCAUCUAGCUGCUCCUUUAUUGUUAUAGUGACUUACAGUGUAGUGUGUUCUGAAUACUUUUUUUUUCGUGUUGCCGAUUUGUUGCAACUUUUGAUUCCAUUUUACAAGGUUCCUGAAUAGUAGUAGCUUUGAGGAGUGCUGAUUUUGCAUUAGUAACUAGGCAUUCCUUUGUUUUUUGUUUUUUUCAGCAUGGUUGUGAAACCUCAUUUUUUUAUAAUAUGUGUAUAUUACUUUUGAAUGUUGUUUUGCAACAGCAAUAUCUAAGCACCAAAAUAUUUUGAACACCAAAAAUGUUGGAUUAAGUGUACCAGAGAUGUUUAUUGGCAUCUUGUAUCAUUUAUCAUAAUUAUGAUCCUGUGAACUUCUUUCAUGGAAGUACUGUAGUACUGGGUGUCUACUAACCUUACUGGUACAUUAGAGGCGUGUGCCAGUUAAAAAUUGCUCUAGGAACUCCGCCCAAACUACUACUACUACUACUACUGCCAGCUGUGUUGUGCUUCAUAACACGCUGAGUUCAUGAAUUGCAAUCCUUUUCCUUGUGAUUGGUGGUUGAGAGCAUCAAGGUUACAACAAUCAUUAGGUAGGAUUUCCUUUUUUCCUGGUACAAAACUGUUCUGUUACCACAAUAUAAUGGUACCACCAGCACUUGAUGAGAAAUACUAUGGGAACAACAAAUUGCAUUAAAAGCAGUAGCUACUCUCCAGAUGGCAAAGACGGGACUGUACUCUAAAUGCACAAUGGAAUUCCCUGCAGUAAGGGUAUGAGUGGAAUCAUUUUUAUUGUACAAGGGAAUUUCCUGCAAUAAAAAUAUAAGUGUAAUCAUUUUUUAAUCACCUGGUGAAUAUUCAAUUUGUUUUAACUCAGUUCAGUUAAUUUCAUGUUCCAACUGUAAUUGAUUGGCAGAGUAGUUCAGUACCACGUGCUAACAAGGUCACUGGAGAAUAAUGACGUUUGCAAGAUAUAUGCAACUGAUGCAGCAUAUUAUGGAUACAUUGUGCUCCAUAUUGACGACCGGAAGCAAUUUAUCCUUAAAUAGAAGUGUGUGAAGGAAGUUUAUGAAGUUUAUGCUUGCACCUAAAUUUUCAGUUACAUUUAAUUCCUUCAUUUUCAUAUUUAAUUUGCUGUUAAGCAUAUGCUGUGCUAAGUCUAGCUGACAGUUUUGGCGGUCACCACAUGCUGUUUCAAUCUGCGUUAUAAGAGGAAAGGUGCGUGCCCUUAUAUAUAGGUAUGUGUUUGUAUUGAUGCACCAGUACACUUUAUGUGAGAGCCAGUUUUAGUUCUCAAGUACUAGUGCAGAAAGUUUGUGCAGUCGUCGUUUAGUGACCACAUUGCAAUGUUUUGACAGUAUAGUGGCCUAUGCUGGUUGCAACUUAUAAGAGUUUACAUCCGUGUUACGAGUGCCAGCGGAGCUCGUUAAUUUCGCUUUACAAUGCAGCCGUACAUUUCCUACUGCCAUAGCACAGAGCAUAGUGUGUAGGUAGCACUAGCGUAUGACUCAGCUAUUGAGUGAGCUGAUUGUAAAGAGGUUAUUUGUGAAGAGGUUGUUGAGGGCUGAAAAUUUCUAGUGUGCUUGUUUAAGUAGUGUUAACCAUCACUUGGGUUGAAGGCAGGCAAAUAUUGUACGGAAAAAACUAGCCAGUGUCAUCAUGGUGUCAGCACCACUCUGCAGGCCUGUAGGGGUCUUGUCAUUUGCCCAAAACACAUACUGGUAGUUCUGCGUAUUAAGGUCUGUCUGUACAGCGCAUUUGCAUCAUAAAAUGUUAUCAUUGUUACAUAGCUAAUGUAUCCUGACCACAAGGCUUCAGUACAAGAAUAUGGCAUCGUUGUAACAGCCCUUUGCUGCUGUAGGCUACCUACAAAAAGGGAGAGGAAACGAUUUCUAGAUGGUCUAUUUAGCAAAAGCAUUUAUAUAAUAGCAGUGUUAAAAGCCUCCACAAACAAUAAAAGAGGGGGUGGGGUGGCUUUUCUUUUUUUGAAGAUUCAGCAGACAACUUCAAUAAAUGUAUGAAAAAAAAGGACUAAUUAUGUUGAGCUACUAACGAAACUUUUAAUUAUGACCGUGAGGUAUAUGUAAAGAAUAGUUGCAGAAUAAAGAUAAACAUUGAUCCAUAUGUCUCUAAACACCAUCACUCCAACCAGACGUGAAGGUAACCCCUGUCAUUCUUUGACAAGUUGAUUGAUCAGGCAUUCACACACUUUUUGCCAUAACAAGAAAAAAAGAUUACCAUCACAGUUUUAUCGGACUAGAACAUUAAUACAUGCAUUAGAAUUCUUUUUUUUUUCGAAGUCCCACAUCUACGAUUCAAGACCUCAUCAUUAAAGAUGUACAGUCAGCAUAAAAACUUCACAGACUGCUGGAUCCCAGGAAAGGCUGAAUAUUUCUGCAGUAUGGGCACGCAAUCUCUUAUUAGAUUUCUGGCUUGUGUUUACAUAUGCAGACAGUAUAGCGCUGUUCAGUUUUACUGGCUACAGUCACAAACUGCUAGGAAAUUCAAUGUUUUCUCAGAUACAGCUGUUCGUAAGAAUUACAAAAAAAGAAAAGUUCGUAAAAGUUACAGCCGACUGUAGUUGGUAGUCCAUCAGUGUACAGUCUUAUUCUUUUUUUGCGUGUUGUCCAAGUUGUCCGCUGAAUCCCAGAAAAUUAGGAGUCUGAUCUCUGUUGAGAGACAUUUUGUUAGUAAGCUUGCUCACUUGACAACUAGCAAAGUUAUAUAGAUAUAAGCAUAGUGGAAACAGAUUAAUCAUAUAUCCCGAUACAUUUGUACUGCAUUUCAAAACACAGCUCCACGUGUGAGCGAAAGCCACAAUGAACAAAUACAACCAUUUUCCCCUCUCACUGCAUAGGAAAUCUCGAAGCAUUAUAUUUUUUCAGAAUGUUGAUUUCAACAUGCUGUACAGUUUGUCUCUGUUAGGGGCAAGAAUUGGUAGGUGACUUUGCUUUUAUUGUUGUGUAUUGUAGUUAUCUCUGGACAAGACAGACGUGUGAGCUUAGGUUAGGUAUUAACUACGAGAUGUCAGAGCCUUAGAUGUGUUGUAUAUAUGUGCAAUAGCUUUUUAACAAUGUGACUUACCGUGUGCGAUUUUCAAAAUGCAACUAUUUCGUCUGUUCCUCUUAAAUUUGAUGGUUUUACUAGGUGAGAUCUGCCUGCAGCAAUACAAGAUACACAAAUGUGUAGUGCUGGAGAUUGUUCAUUUUACUUUUACCGACUGCAUACAGCUAGUCGUAGAACAUCAUUUCAAGCGAUGGGCACUCCAAGGCCUCAUUACCAUAAAAAAAAAGAAAGCAUUUGUUUUUGGUUAUGUCAAUGGCCAUGUACAUGAACCUGUGAAAAUGGCGUAUUUCAGUAUUGUGUUACAUGUAUUCAUCCCACCUGGGACUUGUUACACCUAUUAAGUGUAAACAUGUAUAGCUUAUUAUGUUUUUUGUGCUGUGAUAAACAUGCAUUUGCUUCUGACAUUCAAAGGUGCACUUUCUAUUUUCUGGGAGUCACUUCUGUGCAUGAAAAGUACGGCAGUGUCAUUUUGUCAUAGCGGUCACCUUCUUGUAAAUGAUGAUCGACGGCCACACAGUUUCUUUGGGAUCUAUUCCUGUCGUUCUUGUUGCGUUCACAAACCACUUGGUACGAACUAGCUGGUGUGUUCUGUUAUAACGCAACAUUUUGCUGUGCGUGCACGACAUUUUAAUCUACACUCAUGAACACGUCUCAUUUAUGCAGCUGCUUUAGUGAUCCUGUGAUUUGUUUUGUUGCAACUUGGUGGAAGUAAAGGUACUGUUUUUUCUUUA